CUUUUUAUGUUUUCACUACGAUCAGUCUCCUCAAGUGUGUUUCUCCCAUAGAGGAGCACGUGGAUUCGUUUUCAAUUUGUUUAUUAUAUGCUAAUGUAUUUUUCAUAUUUUUAAUUGUAAAAAGUUGCACAGCAAAAUGGUCGUAAUAGGAAAGAAGAAGUAUCAGUCUGGAGAGGGGGCCCAAUUUAUGUCAAGGAAAGCUGCUUUGAAGAAAUUGCAGCUUUCCUUGAAUGAUUUUCGUAGAUUAUGUAUAUUAAAAGGUAUAUACCCUCGAGAACCACGUAAUCGUAAAAGAGCCCAGAAAGGAGAACCUGGUAUUAAAAUAUUGUAUCACAAGAAAGAUAUUCAAUUUUUAAUGCACGAACCAAUAAUAUGGAAAUUGAGAGAUUUCAAGAUAUUCAACAGAAAAGUUGGAAGAGCAAGAGCUUUAAAAGAAUUUUCAGAAAUGAAGAGAUACCUGAGUAAUCAUCCUAAUUUGAAACUAGAUCAUAUUGUCAAAGAACGUUAUCCAACAUUUAUUGAUGCUCUCAGAGAUCUAGAUGAUUGCUUGACUCUGUGUUUCUUGUUCAGUACUUUCCCAUCUCUUAACCAUAUACCAAGAGAUCAGUCAUUAUUAUGUAGGAGACUGGCAGUUGAAUUUUUACAUGCUGUAAUUAAUGCCAAGGCUCUAAGAAAAGUGUUUGUGUCUAUCAAAGGCUAUUACUAUCAAGCUGAAAUUAAGGGUCAAACAAUAACAUGGAUAGUACCCCAUCAUUUCUGUUUUGAACCCCAAGCAAGAAUGGAUGUAGACUUCAAACUCAUGUCUAUAUUUGUAGAAUUUUAUAUCAUAAUGUUAGGUUUUGUUAAUUAUAGGCUUUAUCAUACACUCAAUUUAUAUUAUCCACCCAAACUCAGUAGUGCUGAAAAUAUUGAGAAGUCUCUUGUGGAUGAAGAUACAUAUGUAUCUGAAAGGAUAGCAGCACUAAAUGUGCCACUAGUUAAUCUAGAUCCCUCUACCCAAGUUGCAGAGGAUGAAGAAAUGGAAAUGGAUCAAUUCACAAAUGACGGUGAUGCCACGAAACUAGAAGAAGCCAGAUUAGAGGCAGAAAAAGUUAAAAAAUUGAAAACCCUGUUUAAAGGUUUGAAAGUAUUUUUAAACAGAGAAGUACCAAGAGAACCGUUAGUUUUUAUUCUGCGUUGUUUUGGUGCUGAAGUAUCUUGGGAUAAGUUGCUUUUUGUUGGAGCAACGUUUGAUGAAAGUGACGAAACGAUAACACAUCAGAUAGUGGAUAGACCUAGUAUGACUAAACAGUAUAUUUCUAGAUACUACGUGCAGCCACAGUGGGUGUUUGAUUCGGUAAAUGCCAGAGAAUUGUUACCCGUGGAAAAAUAUUUAAUGGGCUGUGUGCUUCCACCGCACCUUUCACCAUUUUCGGACAGUCGUCAAGAUCAAACAUACAUUCCACCAGAGGAACGUGCGCUUAUGGAUCCCGAGUUCAAGUUGACUGAUGAUAAAGAAGAGUCUGAAGAGGAAUCAGAAAACGAAGAAGAAGAAGAUGAGGAAAAAGAUGUGGAGGAAGAUUCAGACGAAGAAGUCGAGAUGAACGAAGAAGAUGAAAAGGAAAGUAAAUCAGAAGUUCAACAAAAGCACCAACGGGAUCGAUUGCUCAAGAAAAAGCAAAUGAAAGUAAAAACCGGAGAGUUAACAAAGGAAGAUCCAUGGGAGAAACAGCGACAAGAGCGGCAAGAAUACCGACUACGUGAACGAAUGGUUAAGAAGAAACACAAGAACUUGUACAGAAGCAUGAUGAAAGGUCGCGAGCAGAGGGCUAAAGAAGUAUGGCUUCUCCGCAAGAAGAGGCGCAUUCAUGAUGCUUCAGAGAAGCAAAAACGCAAAGAAGAACGCAAACAGAAGAAAGCUAAAUCUGCGGAAUAAAUGUGAACAAAAAAAAA